AUGCAACCAGUCAAGCGUGGUCGCGGUAGGCCCAAGGGUUCUGUGAACAAGAAACCAACCAAGAAGAGCAGCAUUCAAAUCAAAGUGGAAGAGGUCCCUAUAGAUAACGAUCAGAAAGUCAGCCAUCUGAUCAAACAAGAUGUAAUUCGCAACCAGGAGCCACGAUUGACAGAGCUUGAACAGCGUCUUCAAGAUAUUGACGAUUCAUGGGAAACCGAAUCGCUCUUUGAAGACAUUUUGGAAGACCUCUCUGACGAGACAGCCUUUGAAAAUGACCCUGAGGCCUGCACACCGGAAGAGGCCACCCGGUAUCGCCAAUUGCUACGAUCCUCUGGGCCAGAAGAGUUUAUGGAGCUCACUGUGUUCAAUGAUAGCAUCAAAGCAAAGAAGCUGCUGACUGCCUUUGGCGUGCGUCCGCCACCAUUUCUUGAAGGUGAAGAUGAUGACAAGUAUUAUUCCUUGCUGGUGUUGGCCAUGACUCGCGAGCUCAACAAACGAGCAAAACUGAUGAGGUAUAACACUGUUGAUGAUGCGGCUACCUUGAUCCAAAAGUCCAAGAACAUCAUGGUUUUGACAGGCGCUGGCAUCUCUACAUCUCUCGGCAUUCCCGACUUCCGUUCUGCGCAGACUGGUCUAUAUACAAAGUUGGCCGACCUAGGACUGCCCAUCAAUGACCCGCAAGAGGUUUUCGAUAUCGAAGUCUUUCGCAACGACCCCCACAUCUUCUACACCGUCGCAAAGGAUAUUCUCCCUUCGACUACGCGGUUCACUCCAACACAUGCAUUUAUUGCGCUGCUCCAAAACAAAGGCAAACUUUUGACCAACUAUUCACAAAACAUCGACAAUAUCGAGGCCAGCGCAGGAAUUAUGCCAGAGAAAUUAUUGCAGUGCCAUGGUUCUUUUGCAAAGGCCACUUGUCAGAAGUGUGGCUAUAAGGUCCCCGGCGAUACCAUCUUCCCGGACAUCAAAGCCAGCAGAAUUCCACGAUGCGAUAGGUGCACUUCGCACCUUCGUGCCAAUGGCUCCUCGAAGCGCAAGCGUAGCAAGAAACGAGGUUCUUCUGGAAAGCGGUCACGCUACAAUUCCGAUGACACCGAUGAAGACGAUGACUUCAAUAUCGAGGAGGCCGGUAUCAUGAAGCCAGACAUUACCUUCUUCCGCGAAGACUUGCCCGACGAUUUCCAUGAUCGCUUGGCCCGCGACAUGGACCUGGUAGAUCUAGUCAUUGUCAUCGGCACCUCGCUCAAAGUUUCUCCCGUGUCCGAAGUCGUGCCCUGUUUACCUCCCCAUGUCCCUGCAAUCUAUAUCUCGCGUGAACCGGUUGCACAUAUCAACUUCGAUAUUGACCUGCUGGGCGACUGUGACGUGGUCGUGGCAGAGUUGGCUCGACGCGCUGGGUGGACCCUGGACCAUGAGAUGAUACCGCCUAAGCAAAAAGUUCGAACAGCUAUAUACGACGGCAACGCUCACCAGCAUAUCUUAACCACUGUUGAGGACGAAACAGCUAUAGACUCGCUAAACAACCCCGUUUUGACCAUUAGGGAUGGAGAGUCGGGGGUGUUGAAGCGUGAGGACUAG